GGGAGCGGAUGGAAAACCCCCCCCCAAGGGCCCUUCCGGCCCCGCGGCCCCUCGGAUCAAACAUUAACCGGGGCCGGGGCCGGGGGACGCGGGACGGGGACGGCCACAGCCCCGGGGCCACCAGGGACCCCCGUGCCAUGAGCAGCCGGCGAUGGGGGCGGCGGGGCUGUGCGCGCUGCUGCUGCUGCUGUUGGGGGUCCCGGGGCGCCCCCAGCCCCCCCCCGAGGGCCCCCCCUCGCUCUGCGACCCCCGAGUGAUCGAACGCUUCAUCCUGGAGGCCCGCGACGCCGAGCGGGGGGCGGCCGGGUGCGGCCCCCACUGUGACCUCCCCGAGCCCGUCGCUGUCCCCGACCCCGGCGUCAACUUCAACCUCUGGCAGAGCCUGGACGCGGGGUCCCGGGCGCAGGAGGUGGCGGCGGGACAGGCGGCGCUGGCGGCCGCGGUGCUGCGGGCGCGGGAGCUGCUCCGGGACCCCCGAGUGCGCCCCAGCCUGGACCGCGCCUACGGCGCCGCGCGGAGCCUGGCGCGGCUGCUGCGGGGGCUGCCCGCGCCGGAUCCGCCCCUGCCCUCGCCCCCCGCCCCGCUGCGGGUCCGGACCCUCCCCCGGCUCCUGGGGGUCCUGAGCCGCUUCCUGCGGGGGAAGGUCCGGCUCUUCCUGGCCGACACCUGCCCGCGGUGAGCCCGUCAGCGCCGACAGCUGUCAAUCACCGCCGGGAACAGCUGUCAAUCACCGCUGACAGCUGUCAAUCACCGCCGGGGACAGCUGUCAAUCACCGCCGGAGACAGCUGUCAAUCACCGCGGGGGACAGCUGUCAAUCACCGCCGACAGCUGUCAUGCCGCGCCCAAAGGCACCACGCACAGUCGGCAGCUGUCAAUCAUCGCACAGCGCGGCCGGCCAUCACCGGCAGCUGUCAGUCAUCACCGGCAGCUGCCAAUCACUAUCGGUAACUGUCAAUCAGCACCGAGAGCUGUCAAUCAACACAAAGCCCCGCCGGUCAUCAGCAACAGCUGCCAAUCAUCACGGACAACAUCAGGACUGACAGCCGUCAAUCAUAGCAAGCACCGACAGAUGUCAAUCAACAGCACAGACAGCUGUCAAUCAUCAGCAUCAGGAGCCGUCGCUCAACAGCACCCCCUCCCCUCCCCCCGGCACGUUGGACGUGCCGGCAGGUGAUUGACAGCUGUCAAUCAUCCCCCUCCCGCCUGAGCGCCCCGGGCUGCCCAGGCCCCGCGGGUGAUUGAUUGACAGCUGUCACUCAGGGGAGACAGCGCCCCACCCCUCCCAUGUAACUUAAUGCAAACACGAGAGUAUUUAUGAGACCCCCGAGGGCUGCAGCGCCGGGACCCCAAAACUGGCACCCCCAAACCCUCCGAGACCCUCCUGGGGCUCCUCAGACCCCCCUCAAAUCCUCCGGGACCCCCCAAUCCCCGCCAAUCCCAAACCUUGAACUCUCCCAAACACCGAGACCCCCCCAAGCUCUGGGAACCUCCAACCCCAGGACCCCCAAACUCCGGGGCCCCUCCUCAACACCUGCGGACCCCCUAAAUCCUUGGGUGCCCCCCAAAAGUCUCUGAUCCGCCCCCCCGAGCAUUCCUGACAAACCCCAGAGCACCUGGGACCCCCCCAGGUUCCGGGGGU